AUGUCCUCCUCCAACACCACAGCCUACACAACCCCCGUCCCCUCCCGGUCCCCAUCCCCGGCCGCCUCCCUCGACGACAUCGAGGCCUACAGGCCCCUCUUCAGGCGGCGCAGGCCCCCAAUCUCCAAACCCCCCGUCCCUUGCUUGUGCUGUGCCAUCAAAGGGAUGCACUGCGUCUACUACAAGGGCGAGGUGCGCUGCCAGCGCUGCGAGCGCAACGGCGAGGAGUUCUGCAUCUACCAGCGGCAGGACCUUACCCGCCCCGAGUCGCCCAUGACGCAGGAGCAGCUCGAGCAGCGAGAGGAGGAGAGCAGGAGCGCGCCCCCUCCGCGCCACCUGUGGCUCCCGCACCGUGCCCCGCCCCAGCCCGAGCCACUGCAGUGCAUGGUCUACAGCCUGGACCCGGAGCUGUCGCGGGACAGGAGGCGGCUGCUGGGGGUCGCGACGCAGAUGCUGCAGGACGCCGAAGGGUCGACGUACGUGCACGGGACGCCGCUGGGUGAUGCCCAGGUGAGGGGCUUUGCCUUGCCGUCCUGGCACGGCAACGACUGCGACGACAACAAGGCGGACCCGGAGUACCGCGUGCGCACGCACGCGCACUUCUUCGAGCGCCUCGGCGAGGAGAACAAGGCGGCGGCGGCGCAGAGGUCGCGGCGGCUGGGCUUGGAGAGGCGCAGGGUGCGGGAAGAGAAAGCUGACUGCCAGAGGCUGAAGAGGGAGAUGGAGAAGGAGGAGACGGAGGCGGAGGGAGAGGCGGAGGGAUCCGGGUAG